GGCAGUUUUAAAUUGUUCGCCAAGUUUAUGAAGGAAAGUUGGAUUGGAAAACUAACAUUUAUUUCUGUAUUUACUAUUCGUUGUUUUUGUUUCAUAGGCAUUGUUCAAACAAAGAAUACAGAUCACUCUCUGUGAAUACCAUAGAAAUCCGUCACCAUUCUUUUGGAUUCCAAUUGUCGUAACUUUGGUCAGUAGCGUUGGUUUGAUACGAUUUCGUGAAGAAAAUCGUAUUUGGUAUUUGUACAGCCCAAAAAGUGCACCGUCACACUAUGAACACGCUGUUGCACAAAGUUUUUUCCAGGAAAGUGGUGGCAAAUUUUGGGUUGAGGAAAACAGGAAAAAAGAAGAGAAACAGGGAUAA